CUUCUGUUCCACCCACUCCAGUCAGCUUCGCACUACUGCGCAUGUUCUGUUCAGUCCUUCCCGGUACAGAAAGAUGGCGGCAAGUAACGGUGGAGGAAUGGAAGUAGAUGGGGCAGCACCCCCCAAUGUUAUGGCCUCUGGGGUCACUGGCAGUGUGUCAGUGGCUCUGCACCCACUUGUCAUCCUUAAUAUUUCUGAUCAUUGGAUCCGCAUGCGCUCCCAGGAAGGUCGCCCUGUGCAAGUAAUAGGCGCACUGAUUGGGAAACAAGAAGGCAGGAAUAUUGAAGUGAUGAACUCUUUUGAACUAUUGUCCCACACCGUUGAAGAUCGAAUUGUAAUUGAUAAGGACUACUACUACAUCAAAGAAGAGCAGUUUAAGCAAGUCUUCAAAGACAUGGAGUUCCUGGGCUGGUACACAACUGGUGGUUCCCCAGACCAGUCAGAUAUUCAUGUUCAUAAGCAGGUGUGUGAAAUUAUAGAGAGCCCAUUGUUCCUCAAGCUCAACCCGAUGACCAAACAUACUGAUCUUCCUGUUAGUGUUUAUGAAUCAGUAAUUGACAUCAUCAAUGGUGAGGCAACAAUGCUUUUUGCAGAGCUUACGUAUACUCUUGCAACAGAGGAGGCUGAACGGAUUGGUGUGGACCAUGUGGCAAGAAUGACCGCUACAGGAAGUGGGGAGAAUUCUACAGUGGCAGAGCACCUUAUUGCACAGCACAGUGCCAUCAAGAUGCUUCAUAGCCGAGUUCGGGUCAUUCUGGAAUAUGUUAAAGCAGUGGAAGCUGGGGAGGUGCCAUUUAACCAUGAAAUCUUACGGGAGGCUAAUGCCCUCUGCCAUCGACUUCCUGUUCUCAGCACCCACAAGUUCAAAACGGAUUUCUAUGAUCAAUGCAAUGAUGUCGGCUUAAUGGCUUAUCUUGGCACAAUCACCAAGACGUGCAAUAGUAUGAACCAAUUUGUGAACAAGUUCAACAUUUUGUAUGAUCGUCAAGGAAUUGGACGACGAAUGAGAGGACUUUUCUUUUAAGCAUUUUUUUUUCCCAGUGGGAAAGGAUUUUGGUGUGUGUGUGGGGGGUACAUAUCUCUAUAGCCACAAUCAAGAAAUGCAAACCAGCCGCUUGGCAAGAGCCCAGUGGACAAAGACGUUGGAAGGAGCAGCACUUGUCUCUCUACAGUUGACUCAUUUUUGGUUCAGUAAAUAAAACACUGUAGUAGACUGCAUUUUUGAGUGUUCAAUAAUUCAAUGGUUUCAAGUUUGCUCAUCAUCUGGCCAUUCCCGGUGGAAGAGUUGAGUUAAAAGGCUGAGCCUUUUGUUUUUUGUAAUUUGAAUUUUUAGAAAGGGAUGUGUAUAAGGCUAUGGUGUGAGAAGUAGGUAGGCUAGUGCUACUAUUGACCUAUGUCUCAAACCAUGAUUCACAGAAAAGUAGCAACCGUGCUGAAGUGCUUUAAAUCAGCUGUAUAUAUGAGUAAUAUAUUUUGUAUGACUUUCAAAAUGGGUAGAAUUCUCUGUAUUAUGUAAAAUAAAGAGACUUUCUGCUCCAA